GAAUAUAGUUAAUGCUUACGAAUAAUUAAAAAAGCCAAACAAAAAAACAGAAAAACAAUGGCUACGGUUUACAGCUCCAUCUUCUCAUCCAACUUCAUCCAUCUUCAACCUUCAAGAAACCCCAUCACCAAAAUCACCACUAAUCUCAUUCCACCUCACAAUAACUUCAACACCUCCACCAGAAAUUUCCAGUUGCCAAGAGCCGCUUCGAUUCCACACCCACCGAUCAACGUCGAUUACCUAGAAACAGAAUUCAGCGGCCAUGGCACUUCCUUCACAAGCCUCGGAGAAAGCUGCGUUGUCAGGAUGGGAUUGGACAACGGUAGUGUAGCCACUCUCAUGCUUCCAAGUGGACUCAUUACAUCUUACAAGCCGCGUAUGUGGCAUGGAGGAUUACAGGAAUUGCUGCAUACGUCGGUAUCCGAGGGGGAUGACGGCCGUGGUGCAGUGAUCCGUGGCGGCGUUUCGUUAGCUUUCAGAUGUGAAGGAGGCGGCGACGAUGAAGAAAAUGGAGUGAUUUCAUGGUCUCCGACUAUCUGGAAUCUUCGCAAUGUUGGAGGAAGUCCAGAUGAGUCCAUUCAGGUAGAACUGAUUAGUAGCAAUUCAGAAGACAAAAUUGAAAUCAAACACAUUGUGACUUUGAAAGAAGAUGCUAUAAGCUCAGAGAUCGUGAUCACGAAUUUGAGAUCUUCAUCACUCCGACUAACGGGAUCGAUCAUCGGUCACUUAGCUGUGAGCACACCGGAAGCAUCAUACGCCGUCGGGCUCGAGAGAGCAAAUUACUUCGUUAAGCCACAUAUUUUGUCAAAAUUCAGCAUUAUUCCUCCUGAUUUCAACAAGAAUGAUUCGCGUCAAUUGGGUUUCAAGCGACUGCUAUCGGAUUGGGGACUCGGAAGCCCGAAUCAGGACUUGAAAGAUGAAACAGCAAAAAAUGGGGAAGAAGAUGAAGAGAUUGAAGGUGAAGAGGAUGAUAACUACAAGCAUUUAACUGAGAAAAUAAGCUUGAUCUACACCAGUGCUCCCAGGAAUUUCACCAUCAUGGACAGGGGUAAACGGAACUCAGUUGCAGUGGGUAGAGAAGGCUUUAACGAGUUGUACAUUUUUAGCCCUGGUUCGAACCAUAAGUCAUAUGGCAAGUACUCAUAUAUAUGCAUCGGUCAAGCCGCAUUGCUCAAACCAAUAACAAUAGGUCCCCAUUCCGAAUGGAGAGGCGUGCAACACUUGCAUAACCCUAAUCUUUAAGCAUAUAUGUUUUAAUGUUACAUAAAGACUCAUUAUUUUAGAAUUCUACGAAUAUAAGAAAUUAUAACCAGU